AUGGAGUUCAUCGGCGUUGGGCUUGGCAUGCUCUUCAAUUCCAUCUUGCCGCAGCUUAAGCAAAAGAUGAAGGAAUCAAAGCUAAAGAAGAUUGCCAUCAAUAGUGACAUUGAGGAUUUCAGGAGGGAGGCCGAAUUGCUGCAAUCUCGACUUGAAGAUGGCUACUCCCGGCAUGAAGGUGCCCACAAAGCCAAGCUGCUGGUGAUCAAUGGGAAUCUCAAAGUCUUGUGUCAAGAUACGAACGACUGCAUCCACCGGUUCCUGCGAAGGGGAUCUAUGGAGAGCUGCACGGACUUCGCAAAGAAGAUCAAAAGAUUCAAAGAAAAAGUCUACAAACUAAGCAAGCACACCAGAGAACUCAUGGAUUCGUUCAAAGAGCAGCACCUUGAACGCCCUUGUCAGUAUGUUACUUCCAGCGAGUUCGUGGGCAGGCAUGAACGCCUUGCUGAGCUGCAGGAGCUUGUACAUGAUCUACCCAGCUGCAAGCAGGAGGAGCCCAAGGUGAUCUCAAUCGUUGGCUUUGCUGGCCUAGGCAAGACCCUUCUUGCCAACGAAUUCUAUAAUAGCAAGGAAGCCCUCGCGAAAUUCCAUCACCGGGCCUGGGUUACUGACGCUGGCAGCCAUGAGGAGGUUGUCAAGAACAUACUCAUGGAAAUUGACAAAGGAGGCAACCAUGCUGAGGAUGCCCUGGACCUCCAGCGCCUCUGCCACAGCCUGCGGAAUUUCCUAAAAACGGCCACUGAGUACUUAAUUGUAAUCGAUGACAUGAAGAGGUGGAAGAUGUGGAACGAUAUAAAAUAUACCUUCAAGAAUGUGAAAGGCAUAGUCCUUGUGACGACAACCAUUCAGGAAGUAGCUAACACUUGCAGCCAAGGCACUAAUGGUUAUGUGUACAGGUUGUCACCCCUUGAUAAGGAGGAGUCUUUAAAGCUGUUCACAAUAGAAUGUGGUCAUAAAGGGGAUCCCGGUCAUGCAGAUUCUCAUUAUGCAAAAGAAGUAUUGAAGAAAUGUGAUGGUCUACCACUUGCUAUAGUCGAUGUGGCCAAUUAUUUGCAGAGUCAGGGAGUGUUGACAAGUAGUCGAUGUAAUGAUGCUUGCAGAGAUCUUGGUGCCUUUCUGGUACAAGUGGAUGACUGCAAGUUGGAACGAAUGCAAUCGGUGCUUAUGAAUAUAUACACCGGUCUGCCUGGUGCUCUCAGAUCCUGCUUGCUAUAUUUUUGCAUGUACAAGAAAAACAUAGCUGCAGUCCCCAAGAGGAAUUCUCUGAUGUGGCGAUGGCAAGCCGAAGGAUUUGUUGAUGUAAAAACUGGAUGUGAAUAUUUGAAUACCCUCAUCAACCACAAUAUCAUUCAGCCCAUGGAAGUAGGCACAAAUGGAGCUGCAAGGAGAUGCCGUCCUCCUGGAAUGGUGACCGAGUACAUUUCCCAGAUUUCCAAGUCCGAGAAUUUCGCUGCUUCGGGGUCUGAUCUAGUAGAAACGCCAAACAGUCGCAUCCGACGGCUUUCUUUGGACCCUGGCAGUGCUAAAGAUGAAAGAAUAAUUUCGGGCAUGGAAUUAAGUAUAGUGCUGACCAUGGCAGUUUCAGGAGAAGGAUGCAAAGAAAUUCUUGAUUUCAAAAGGUAUGAGCUAAUUGCAGUUUUGGAUCUGAAAGAAUGUACAAACCUGGACGAAAGUCAUGUCAUACAUAUAUGCAACCUGGUGCUCCUGAAAUACCUCAGCCUCGGGGACAGUAUAGAUGAGAUACCCAAGGCAAUAGCGAACCUGGUACUGUUAGAGACACUGCAGAUGAGGAGGACAAGAGAAACAGUAUUGGUGCAUAGACAAGUCUUGGAGCUACCCAACUUAAAACAUCUCCUUGGAAACUUCAAGCUUAAAACAAAGCCAGAUAAAGAGCUAUGUGAUUUCUUGGAGAAAAAGAGUGUCCUAGAGAUGAUUACAGGUUUUGUGACAGAAACUAGCAAAGGAUUUCCGAAUCUGAUGUGCCAUAUGAUGCAGUUGAGGAAGGUGAAAAUAGUUUGCGAUGCCAGUGUCGACCAAGAAAAUGUCAGAGACAAGAAGGGCAAGCAAACAGAUGACAAUGACAAGGAUCUUGCAAGGGCGAUCAAGGAAUUCAUUCAUAGAGGCUCAGAUACCCUCGGCUGUUCCCUAUCAAUGGACUUCGGGAAUGACGCCGGGCCUGUUAGGAUGGCACCACCCCUGGAAUUCCUAAAAUGUUCCGGCAGUCUUGACUCUCUCAAAUUGCGCGGCGGCUGGGGAACAUUCCAUCUGCCUCCUGAACCGUUUACAACAAUAACUGGUAUUACGAAGCUGUGCCUUUCACACACUUGCAAGAGCGGGGAAGAUAUCCUUGCCACUUUGACUGAUAUGAUUACACUGGAAUAUCUGAAGCUGGAAGAAGUAAAUCUGGGGCCCCUAAGGAUAGAAUCAGGAACUUUCCGAAGACUGAUGAGGUUAUGCCUCAUGGGCGAGACAAGCAGCAAGCAAGGCGAGGGUAUUACAAUCCAACAUAAAGCUCUGUCCAGUCUUGUCUCACUUCAUCUCAUCUCUAAAGCUCCCAUCUUUAUAGUUGAAAAGCCUCCCAACGGGCCAGAGCCUCAGGUUAGAGACCAGAUCACUGUAGUUGAUGCCCACAUCUCUAAAGGUAAUAAAAGUAAAGGCAAGGAAGUCCAGUUUCCGAUUGGGGCAGAGCCUCACGUUGGAGACCAGAUCUCUCAAUCUGAAGAUAAACAAGUCAAGCUUCACAUGGGAUGCCUCGGAUGCCUCGAGGAAAUCGCACUCGACUCUGGAGUCACACCAACCAUGCACGAUGCCUGGAAAAGAGCUGCAAAGGGGCAUCCUAACAGGCCUGGCGUUCUGUUGAUUCACAAGGCCGCUCGUAUUCCUCCCAGUUCCAAUGCAUAA